CUUUUUUCUUUUAUUUAUUAUCAUAAAAUGAUUAAUAAUAAAAUCACAUGGAUUCUUGAUCUUGUCUUGAGUUGGUUUAAGGUUCUGAGCCUUCUGGUAUGAUAACUUGAGGAUUUUGUCAUUAGGCUUGGGUGGGAAGUGCAGAAUCACAUUUCCAAAGUGGGAGGGUCACUUAGUAUGAUGAAUCCUGCAAUUAAGCUCUUUAAGUAGUGAGCUCUAGUGGUACUAAUUGUCAGCAGUUUUUGAGCACGUUGCUACAAGUGGUUCAAAAGCUGGUCAGCUUUCUCUACUGCCACUUUAUAUCGAGAUGUGUCUGACAUGCCAGGUUUGGAUGAUGAGUGCAUUUAUUUUUUCUUACUACAUGGAGUGACAUCUCACGACUCCUAGAUUACUUGAAUCUUAAUCAUCUGCAUUACCUCACCAACUAGCUCGUUCUGGUAUUGCUGGCCCUGAGAUGAUCUUAAGGUUGUGCAAGGAACAGUCUUUCAAAAAUUGGGAAUGCAGUUUGUCAACAAUGUCUUGUUUCAUGUUUUAGUAUAUUCUAUAUAUUUAAUUUUUAAAUUAAUUUCAACUGAAAUCUACUAAGAUUGGCAAGUGUAAUACUAUUCUCUUUGUAUUUGAUAGGAACUUACUUGUUACCAGCUACUUCAAGGACUGGUUCGAAGAAAGAACACUUGUGUACACCUUGUUGCAUUGGACUCAUGGCGUGACCUAGCAAAUGCUUUUGCAAAUGAAAGAACUUUGUUUUCAUUAAAUGCUGCUCAUCAACGUUCACUAGCUCAAACCCUAACUCUUUCAGCUUCUGGCAUGGGCAACUCAGAGGCUUCAAAUCAGUAUGUACGAGACCUCAUGGGUUAUAUGACAUCUUAUCUAGUGGAGAUGUCUGGCAAGAGUGAUCUAAAAAAUGUUGCCCAACAGCCAGAUGUUAUGUUGUCGGUAAGUUGCUUGUUGGAGCGACUACGUGGAGCUGCCAGUGCUUCAGAACCUCGAACACAGAAGGCAAUCUAUGAGAUGGGAUUCUCUGUAAUGAACCCUAUUCUGAUUCUUCUGGAAGUGUACAAACAUGAGUCUGCAGUUGUCUAUUUGCUACUUAAAUUUGAUGUUGACUGGGUGGACGGACAAAUUAUCUACCUAGAGGCUCAAGAAACUGCUGUUAUUGUUAACUUUUGUAUGCGUUUGCUUCAGCUUUACUCUUCUCACAAGAAACUGCUGUGA